AUUCAACGUCCUACUAUCUAGCAGCCAUCGUCUUGGACGGCAGUCAUACAGUCUCUCAUUUCUCUGAUCGCAUCGUUCUCCUACCAAUAUCAUAAAUACGAGUCAUGAUUCAACUUGAUUUCGGUCUUGUCUUGGCACAGCCUUUCUUCCUCUGCUCACUGGUCCUCUUUGUGAUCGGCUGGAUCAUCACCUUCGUUUCUACAGCCGCCCUCACAGCAUGUGAUCUCACUAUAUGCGUGGUCGGACCUGUUCGCUUAGUUUGGGUCGAUAUUUUCUACAAUCUCUUCAUACUUCUAGGUGCAACAUUGGCAGUUGCCACCCAGGCCGUCCACAACUACCGUCUUGUGAUCUUGACCUUCAUUGCUGGCGGCCUCUCAUUAUUGUUUGUAUGCAUCAAUACCACCAUCAAUGUGCACCAUGCCAUGUACAGUGCUGUCGGUUCUGGUCUCAUCUUUCAAUCCUUUGUUUUGAUCUUUUGGGUCUUCUACUUUGGUGCUGAAGAGGAUUCUCUAGUCAAGCGUACGAUUAACGGAUUUGUCAUCCCACGCAACCCUGGUGCUGCUACCGCUGGUGUAUCGAAUGGUGUUGCACACGGUGCUGUAUCGCCAAACCAGCAACCCCAAGAGAACUUGAGCUCUGUAGUUGUGGCUCCUGCUGCAGACUAUGCGUAUAAGGCACGCGCACUGUACUCAUAUGACGCCAAUCCUGAGGAUAGCAAUGAACUCAGCUUUGUGAAGGGCGAAGUUUUAGAUAUCGUAGAUAACAAGGGCAAAUGGUGGCAAGCACGCAAGGCGGAUGGCACUAUCGGUAUUGCACCCAGUAACUACCUUCAGCUUAUUUAAGGGAAAUAAGGCAUGAAAAGCCUGGCGAAAAGAAUCCGUCGCAUUUCUCGUCAUUAUUUUAUAAUUUAGCCUUUAUAUCCAAUGCGAUUUAUCCAUCUACACAUCUAUCUCACAUCACAUCACAUCAUAUUAAUAUUUUUCCAACAAUUUUCAUCACCGACGUCUUCUUUUCCAGGAAGCUUACAUAUUAUAUAGCCACAUGGACAAAAGAAAAAAAGGAAGGGAAAAAAAGCAUUUGCAUAAAAAGUUCAUAAGAUAAAUAAAAUCUUUCGUCUUCUACAG